UUUGCCAACCAUUUUGAUAAUUGAUUAGUAAGUUAUUAUUGUCAUUACCACUUAUUUAAAAAAAGUUUAAAUUCUAUGAUUCUAGCUUCUUAAAUUUGAAUAUUUUCCAGUUUCUUUACUCCUCUAUGACUAUAAGCUAAAUAUCUUUGGGUUGUGGACAAAACUAGACAUUUGUCAUUGUCAACUUCAGGAAACACUGAUGUUUUUCAUUAACUUCAGUUAUUUUAUAAAUCACACAGGUAACUGAUUAAUCAAGAAAAUAAGUGUGCGUGGCGUCCCUUUGACCUAGCAGGAAUCAUGUAGACAUUAAUGAAAUUUGUGUUCGCACCACUGAAACACAUUUUAAAACCAAAUGUUAAGAGGCUCUCAGAUGGUUUAGAAUGAGUUUUAAUGAUAAAUGCAAUGAAAGUUUCUACAGUUGGCCAAACGAUCACACCACCACAGUUUUAGAGCUCUCUGUCUUAGGUUUAUCUGGAUUUUUGUUUGACCACAACCUUAUCCUCACAUUUACAACAAGCAAAUUAAUUUGUUUUUAUACACCUUUUAAGAUUUUAAAUUAAAACUAGUUCUAUUCAUGUAUGUUAUUUUGUCUUGACCACAGGUUUUACAAGCAUUGAAGCUAGUGUGCACAUUGAUAACUUCUCCACUCCCUCCUGAGUUCACACUGACUUUCAUGUUGACUUUUUGCCUCAGCUGCAGAUCUACAAUAGACCUGACUUUUGUCCUAUGACUGACCCUGGAUACACAGGAACAAACAGAAGAAGAACACUUUGACAGUUGAAUGAAUUCAUCCUGUGAUGCCUCAUCCAUACUUUCGUUUUGUUCUGUUUAUAUAAGCAGCUUCACAGUUUAAAAGGAUUUUCUCACGCUGAGCUGAAGGCAAACAGCGAUGGCAGCUCCAACUGCCUUAAUUUUUCUCACUUUACUUGUAGGUGUUUCCAGCAGUGGGAGUACAGACUGCUCAUAUCAAAGUCUGCUCCAUCACUUAAACCUAACUGGAUCAAGUAAUGUCCAAAGUAUUAUGCGACCUGUGAAAAACUGGACCACUUCCACCCUCGUUCAACUGGACAUCUUGUUGUUUGGUAUUUUGGAUGUGUGUAAUGGGGGAAUUAUGGAGCCAGGUAUCUCAAACUCUGGUAAAAUAAACCCAAAGGAUGAGAAGUCUCAAACUGUCACAAAUCACCUCUGGGUUAGCAUGUAUUGGACAAAUGAACUCCUAACUUGGAAUGCUUCAGACUUUUGUGGGAUAAACCUCCUGACCAUUCCGAGAUCGAUGCUAUGGAUUCCAGAUAUAAUCAUCCAAGAAGAUGCUUCUGAUAGUGGGAGUGUUAUAAAAGGUCCACAUCUCACUCUGAAUUCCAGCGGUUGGGUGUUUUCUAAGGCCCAGCAACGGCUUACCUACACCUGCCAACUCAAUCUCGUAAAGUUCCCUUUUGAUACCCAAAGUUGUAACAUCACAUUUACAUCCAUGAGCUCUGACGUACAUACUAUGAAGCUAGGAACAUUAACCAAUGACACGGCCCUCACUGCACUCUCUGAGCUGAUCAUGAUCACAAAGGGAGAGUGGUCACUCAGAAGCAUGGAAGUCGUCCGAGACAGGACCACGAAUGGAACCAAAAGCUACCUCAUAUACAUGAUCACACUUGAGAGGAAACCGAUGCUUUAUGUCGUCAACUUUAUCAUCCCCCUGUCCUAUUUGCUGGUGCUGGAUCUGGCUUCCUUCUUUAUCAGUCAGUCCAGCGGCGAAAAGCUGAGCUUCAAAGUGACGAUCCUCCUCUCCAUCUCCGUCCUACUGCUGAUUCUUCAGGAUAUGCUGCCCUCCACUGAAGAUUCCCUGCCGUGGAUUGCUACCUACUGUGUUGCAAUCUUCGCCCUUGUGGGGAUCAGCGUCCUGGAGGCCAUGCUGGUGAGCUUCUUAACUGAACUCGGUCAUCAGUGUGGUAAAAAGGCUAAAGGAUCUGAAAAUGCCAGAGAGGAUAUUCAGCUGGAGGAAGACUUUCACAAAGAGCCUUCUGGAGAUGAAGAAAGAGGCCAGGUGACACCAGAGAAGACCUACAUGCCUUUGGAUUGGCCAGUUGCCCAUGACCUGCUGAAACGAAUCCUGGAUGAAGUGAAAGCAGCUCGAUUACAAGCUGGAAGUAAGGACAAAGACAAGAACGAGCGAGGAUGCUGCAAAAGUCUGGCUCUGACCGUAGACUACGUGUUCUUUUUCUUAUAUUUAAUCACUGUGGUACUCUUUCUGAUGAUCGUUUAUGUCAGUUGGAUUAAAACAGGGUUUUGAUUUAGAUGUGAUGGAUGGGAUCAAGUGCUGUGUGUUUAAUCAGCCAGUGCAUGCUCUUAGAUUUGAAUGUGAUAAAACUUUUAAUAAUAAAUUAUCACCUGGGCAGUGAAGGAAUGACCACACUGCUUUUUUAACCUUAUAUUAAUUAGCUCAUCUACAUUUCCGUCCUUUAUUCAGUAUAGAACAGAUGUUACUCAUAUCUGCAGACAUAAACUAAUAAUCUCCAUACCCUUUAUUGCAUGAAAAUAAUAAACAGGUUUAAAUGCUGAGUCUGAAGUGGAAAUGAAAGGGGAGUUUGGAAACAACAAGAAUAUUUGAUUGUGCUUUAAACAUGUCAUACUUUACCUAAAUUGAAGUUAUAGAAUGACAAAAAGAGAGAUCAUACUACAUAUGUGUGUGUGUGUAAGGGGGUGGGGUAUUGGUUUUAUAUCCCACAAUUUUGUGAAUAAUUAUAUUUAUUUGUCAAAUUUAGACUAUAUUUCUUUUGUUAAUCAUGGUACAUCAUUUACCACUCGGCAAAAAAGCACAAACAUUUUACUAAUCACUUGAAUUUUUAUGUUCACUGAACAGUUUUUGCAUAUCUUUUGUAGAUUUUAUUAUCCAACAUGAUACUGUCCAUCUAAGUGCUGUUUCAUUGUGGAAUUCUGGUGGAAAACCAAUAAACUGUGUGCUUGCAAUAAUCAAAAAGUGUCAAGCGUUCAAAGUU